GUAGGCCUAUGGAUGACUUCGGUGAAGUUGGAAAGAAACGGACAGAUUCGAACAAAGUAUGCUAUGGGAUUAUGACUUCUCGUCAAGUUAAAACUGAAGAUGCAUAAUCGAGCGAUGUCUGGAGACGAAGAACGCACCUUCAUAGCGAUCAAACCGGAUGGCGUGCAAAGAGGACUUAUUGGAGAGAUAAUCAGCCGGUUUGAACGAAAAGGAUUCAAACUUGUCGGAAUGAAGCUGAUUCAUGCACCUGAGGACCUUCUCCGGCAGCAUUAUGCUGACCUCAAAGACCGACCUUUCUUCCCUGGGCUUGUCAGCUACAUGCGUUCUGGUCCUGUUUGUGCAAUGGUUUGGGAAGGUAUGAAUGUUGUUAAGACGGGUAGAGUGAUGUUGGGAGAAACCAACCCCGCUGAAUCCAAGCCAGGCACAAUUCGAGGGGACUUCUGCAUUCAAGUUGGCAGGAAUAUAAUCCAUGGCAGUGAUGCAGUUGACAGUGCCAAUACAGAGAUCAACCUUUGGUUUAAACCAGAAGAGCUUGCAUCUUACACAAAAUGUGACCACAGCUGGCUGUAUUAGGCCUGUAUUAUGUCCUUCAGUUUCUCUUCCUUUAUUGUUACCAUUGAGUUACCUUUCAUGUUGUACUUUGCAUUGAUUUAUGACAGUUGACAACAGUAACUUCAUCUUAUUUUC